AUGGCGAGCAACGGCGAUGAAUCACCCAGAUCCGGCGCCGGCGCCGCGAACGAGAACCCCGCGUCCGCAGCAUUCAGUUCAGACCAGCUGCCGAUGAAUUCCAGUCAAAAUUACACGGACGACGAUGGAGAAGCGUCUGUCGAUGCUGAAAUAAUCAGAGACGAAGAAGAAGACAACAUCAACGACGAAGAAGAUGACGAAGGAGAAGACCUCUUCAACGACCAAUUCAUGAAUGAUUACCGGAGAAUAGGGAAGCAGGACCAGUACGAGACCUUGGGUCUGGAUGAUUCCUUGGAGGAUGAUAGGGAUUUGGACCAGAUUAUGGCCGACCGCAGAGCUGCUGAGAUCGAACUUGAUGCAAGACAACCUUCUCGUUCUCACCGCAAGUAUCCCCAGAUUCUUCACGACCAAGACACCGAUGAUGAUGAAGGGAGGCCGCCAAAAAGAACUAGAGCUGACAGGCCGCCGAAUACUCCAACCAGCAUGGAUGAUACUGAUGGGAUACCCAGUUCACCUGGUAGAUCACAAGGAGGGAACUUCAGAGACGAUGUAUCCAUGACUGAUAUGGACGAUGAUGAAGAGAACGAGGAAGGUGAUUAUGAGAUGUAUAGAGUUCAAGGACCCCUCAGAGAGUGGGUUACGAGAGAUGAAAUUAGGCGUUUCAUUGCCAAGAAGUUCAAGGAGUUCUUGCUUACUUAUGUGAAUCCAAAAAGUGAUCAUGGAGACUUUGAGUAUCUAAGGCAGAUUAAUGAAAUGGUGGCGGUUAACAAGUGCAGUCUGGAGAUUGAUUACAAACAAUUUAUCUUUGCCCACCCGAACAUUGCAAUCUGGCUAGCAGAUGCUCCUCAGUCGGUUCUUGAGGUUAUGGAAGAAGUUGCGAAUAAGAUUGUUUUCCAGUUUCAUCCAAAUUACAGCAAAAUCCAUCAAAAGAUAUAUGUGCGCAUCACCAACCUGCCCGUGUAUGAUCAGAUACGCAAUAUUCGGCAGAUACAUUUGAACACCAUGAUUCGUAUUGGUGGAGUUGUGACAAGACGUUCUGGAGUCUUUCCUCAGUUGCAGCAAGUUAAAUAUGACUGUAACAAAUGUGGGGCAAUUCUGGGACCUUUUUUCCAGAAUUCUUACUCAGAGGUGAAGGUUGGUUCUUGUCCAGAGUGCCAAUCGAAAGGACCAUUUACUGUUAACAUUGAACAGACAAUAUAUAGGAAUUAUCAGAAACUUACUCUUCAAGAAAGCCCGGGCAUUGUUCCUGCUGGUCGACUUCCAAGAUACAAAGAAGUGAUACUGUUGAAUGAUCUCAUUGAUUGUGCCCGACCAGGGGAAGAGAUUGAAGUGACUGGCAUAUAUACCAACAACUUUGACUUGUCACUGAAUACAAAGAAUGGAUUCCCCGUAUUUGCCACAGUUAUUGAAGCAAAUUACAUCUCCAAAAAACAUGACCUCUUUUCAGCCUACAAGCUUACCCAAGAGGACAAAGACGAAAUCGAGAAGUUGGCCAAAGACCCAAGAAUCGGAGAACGGAUUAUCAAGUCGAUCGCCCCAUCAAUCUAUGGUCAUGAGGACAUAAAGACUGCAAUAGCUCUUGCUAUGUUUGGUGGUCAAGAGAAAAAUGUUGAAGGCAAACACCGUCUGCGAGGGGAUAUAAAUGUACUGCUUCUUGGUGAUCCUGGAACAGCCAAGUCUCAGUUUCUUAAGUAUGUUGAAAAGACUGGACAGAGAGCAGUUUAUACUACUGGGAAAGGAGCUUCUGCUGUAGGUCUCACAGCAGCUGUUCACAAAGAUCCAGUUACGCGGGAGUGGACUUUAGAAGGAGGCGCUCUUGUUUUGGCUGAUAGAGGCAUAUGUCUUAUUGAUGAAUUUGAUAAGAUGAAUGAUCAGGACAGGGUAAGCAUUCAUGAAGCAAUGGAGCAACAGAGUAUUAGCAUAUCAAAAGCUGGAAUUGUCACAUCUCUCCAGGCUCGCUGCUCUGUAAUUGCAGCAGCAAAUCCUGUUGGAGGAAGAUAUGAUUCCUCAAAGACAUUUACACAAAAUGUGGAAUUGACCGAUCCAAUUAUUUCCCGCUUUGAUAUUCUCUGUGUGGUCAAGGAUGUGCCUGAUCCUUUAUUGGAUGAGAUGCUAGCACAAUUUGUAGUUGAUAGUCACUACAAUUCGCAAGCUAAAGGUGGCAGCUUUGAGGAUAUACCUGUGAGUAAUUCACAGGAUGGAGACCAAGAUUCAUUGAGACAAACGGAUCCUGAGAUAAUUCCCCAAGAGUUGCUAAAGAAGUACAUAACAUAUGCCAAGCUGAAUAUUUUUCCAAGGCUGCAUGAUGCAGAUCUUGACAAGCUUACACAAGUCUAUGCUGAAUUACGCAGAGAAUCUUCGCAUGGACAAGGAAUUCCUAUAGCAGUUAGACACAUAGAAUCAAUGAUACGGAUGUCUGAAGCCCACGCAAGAAUGCACCUUAGGCAACAUGUCACUCAAGAAGAUGUGGACAUGGCUAUCCGAGUUCUGCUGGAAUCCUUCAUUUCAACACAAAGGUUCGGCGUGCAGAAAGCUUUGCAGAAGAGCUUCAAAAGAUAUAUGAUUUUCAAGAAGGAUUUCAAUGGAAUAGUUCUCCACCUUCUACGAGUACUUGUGAAGGAUACCCUGCACUUUGAACAAAUUCUGUCUGGUUCCACGGCAAAUCUUUCUUAUGUUGAUGUGAAGGUUGAAGAACUGCGAAGCAAGGCCCUUGAUUAUGGAAUCAGUGACCUGGAAGCUUUCUUCAAGAGCUCAGAAUUUUCUAGUGCCAAUUUUGAGCUUGACGAGGCAAGAGGUAUUAUAAGGCAUCGUAUGAACCACUGA